AACAUAGGUCGAAAUUGUUGUAGGUGGAGCUAAAUCUUAUAUUUUCUGGCGAGGUUGCAGCUGCAGGUGUGGUUUGAUCCGAGAAGCUGGUAAAAUCUGAAAUUGAAAUUGAAAUCGGAGAAAUGGGAGAGACAGCUUCUGCGGCUGCGUCAACCGUCGACGACGAUUUGCUUCUCAAGAACUUCUUCGCCGAAGUCAGCGAAGCCGAGAGGGACAACGAAGUCGCUAGGAUUCUCUCUUGUUUUAAGUUGAAUCCGUUUGAGUAUCUAAAGCUUCCAUUUGAUUCAUCACCUGAUGAUGUGAAAAAGCAGUACCGCAAGUUGUCUUUGAUGGUUCACCCUGAUAAAUGUAAGCAUCCACAAGCAAAGGAGGCUUUUGGAGCCCUAGCAAAAGCCCAACAAUUAUUACUAGACCAAAAUGAAAGAGAUUACCUUCUUAGCCAGGUCAAUUCAGCUAAAGAAGAACUUAGAGCAAAGAGGAAGAAGCAGUUGAAGAAGGAUACAGCUUCGAAAAUUAAGUCUUUGGUUGAAGAGGGAAAAUAUGAUAAACAAUAUGAACAGUCAGAGGAGUUCCAGAAAGAGCUCAAAAUCAAGGUUCGUGAACUAUUAACUGAACAAGAAUGGAGGAGAAGAAAAAUGCAGAUGAGGAUAUCAGAGGAGGAAGGCAGAUUAAAAAAGGAUGAAGAGGAACAAAAAGAGAUGUGGAAAAGGAAGCGUGAACAUGAGGAAGAGUGGGAAGGAACAAGAGAACAGAGGGUGUCGAGUUGGAGAGAUUUCAUGAAGGGUGGAAAGAAGAAUAAGAAAGGAGAACUUCGGCCCCCUAAGCUUAAGACGGAAGAUCCAAACAAAUCCUACGUUCAGAGGCCUGUCAAAAGAGGUUAGACUGUGUUUGGAGGCAUUUCAUACACAAUCAAUCUAACAAAGAAGUCCCUGAGAAGAGAGCACUCAUUUAUGCUGGCUAUUCCUUUGUCUGUCAAUUUGAUGGAUACUUGUUAGCAUGUUUAUCAGUGGGGUCACGAGAUGCAUCUAGAUGGGAUGUUGCACAAGAACUCAUACAUAGGGAUUUUAACUAGUGUGUCAUUAUUAAGUCUUUGUCAGAAAUUAUGUAACUUGCUGGUUCCGGCCUAAUGAAAAUAGGAUUAUAUUUAGUUUGCGUCUCCAGCGAGUCAUAUUUGAGAAUUUCCUUCAUAGUGCCAAGAAGUCCAUUUAGAAA